UUUUCUUGAGGAUAGAUGGCAAUGGACAGCGUGGCCAACUGUGGAAGGGGGUGUCUAAUGACCCUGAAUUCAUUUUUCGGGCUGCUUGCUCUAGGAAUGGCGGUGAUAGGAAUGUUGGUCAAAUUUGCCAAAGACCUCAUCAAUGACGUCAUAGGUAAGGUGAUAGAUACUUUGACCAGUAUGACGGGCGGAUUAGGAGGGGUGGAUCUCUCUAGCCUAGAUGUAGCGGCUCUGGUGGGGAAUGCCGCUUUUGGUCUGAUUGCGAUUGGUUUGGUGUUGACCAUUGUGGCCGGGAUCGGGAUCCUUGGAGCCAAGAAAAAGAUCAAAGCACUCCUAAUUUUGUACGGCUUUAUGCUUAUUCUUCUUCUUGCUGGAGAAAUUUCAUUUAUUGUCAUUCUGAUAACAAAGAGAAAUUUGAUAGACGAUUACAUGAAGCCAUCUCUUCAGAGUUUCCUCCAGAAUCAAUAUGUCGGUGGCAACGGAACAGACGUCAUGUCUGUGGCCUUUGAUUUCUUUAUGUCCGGAUUGUCGUGUUGUGGAAUAGAGGACUACUCUGAUUUCAACAAGAGUCUAAUCUGGGACCGGGAAUACUUUUACGUCGACGAGUUUAAUAUUACCCUAUCCGUCACUUUGACAACUCCAGUCUCUUGUUGCAAAAAUCCGGAAGAAAUGGACGUCGGCGGAGACUGUGCAGUGAUACCUACCACCGAAGAUUCUAAUUACCUAACGGGUUGCUACAAAGCUUUGUGGGACAUCAUCGAAGAACAGAACGGAAUUUCUUUUGGUUGUCUAGGAACAGUUGGAGUAUUUGAGUUGACCCUAAUUUUCUUCUCGUUUUGGCUGACACGAGCUGUUUCCAAGGAAGAGAAGGAGAAGAAGAGAAAAGAAGAAGAAGAAGAAAAUGAAACAGACACUGAAGAAGACGAAGAAGAAGAGAACGAAGAACAAGCCACGCAAUUGAUAAAUCAGAUAGGCGUCAAUACUCAGACGUCCUCAGCAAACGGUGGAACAAACGCCGAGAACAACACAGACGGACAGAAGAACAGAAAUAAACGAGCUUCAAAGAAAAACCGCGGUGAAAGAGACAAAAAUGAAAAUGGCAACAAAACGAGCAACACCAGUCGAAACAAAAAUAACAAAACCGAUAAAGAUGGUGAUAAUAACAACAGGAAUAAUCGAAGUAACAAUAACGGUGCAAGAAAUAAUAACAGUCGUCUUCAAGCUUUAGCUUCUCUUGUUCAAAACUUGAGAGGGAGCAGUGAAACGAAUAAUCCCACUCAAAAUAAUACGAUUUCUGCUCUAAUAGGUGGUCUGGCAUCUCGCUCCAAUAACUGUCCUGUUGUCCAACAAAGUGCUGCCCAAAUACCUUCGGUACAAAAUCUUGUUCAGAACCUCCAUCAAACACAAGGAACGCCUCAACUGGUUUCGAACACUCCUAGUGCCUCACAAAACUAUGUUGGUGGUAUCUUUGGAAACAUGAUGAUGCAACCCCAGCAAAUACAAACUCAGCAACCAUUCCCAAACUAUCUUCAAAUGAAUGCAUUGAUGCCUGAAAGCUCGCGCCCCUACUCAACACAGACAAACCAUGGUCUUAUGCCAUAUGACGGAUAUCAAACUCAUAUGGGUCAGUUUUACUCCAGUUUUCCAAUGAAUACUAAUCAUGUUUUCCAUAAUCCCUUUCAUCAGUCAUCCAACUACCCCGCUUCACACGGUCAGAUGUACCCACCAACUUUUGUGGGAGAACAUCACCCCCCAUCGCAAAUUCAUGAUCCACCACCAUAUUCCCGUCGUAGUGUUGACGCAUCAACCAAUACUAUCGGAAGUGACGUUCGUACUCCAUUGGCUGAAAUUUCUUUCACUGACUUUCCUACUUAUGACGACAACAAUCGCACAAAUAAUAGAGAAGUUCACAAUAAUUUAGCAACCGGAAGGUCUAAAUUAUACCGUCGGAGGCGAUCAUCUGAGGAAGAUGAAACUACAAUUAGAAAUCCAAAUAUCCAAGGUCUCCGAUCAGAUGAGGAACCACAAGAAAAUCGGACCAACGAUUGUCAAGCUGUCUCUGUCAGAGAACCGGAGGAACAAGGUGUGUUUACUGAGAUAGACGGAAGUAACAGAGCGGAUAAUACCAGAGGUAUUCCAGCUUUGAAACCACAUUUGGGGAACAUUCCACGCCAAGGACAUUUCAGCAGUAGUACUGGUAUGAUUAACACAAGGAGUUACGACUCUGUGAUUGGGGAACUUUCUGACUCUAGGCUUAGGUCUUCGAGUUUGAAUGUAGAGGAGAGAGAGCAUGAACUUCAGCAGUGA